CGCUAGGCUGCAGUUGAGCAGAGGCUAUGCAUUCUCUGCCCGAACAGGUGUAUUCAAAUGGAUCCGGUGGCUCCGGUAUACAUAUGAAAACCGUAUGGUUUUCCUCCGACAAUGUGGAAACGUUUGUGUAAGAUGAAGUUGUGGGUAGGGAACUGAAUUGUAGGUAUUGGAAAGCCGAGAUCAUAGACUGAUAUAUGUAUAAUUCAGUUAUGGUAGCAUGCUUGUGUUAACCUUUGCAAAUGUCUGUGACCGGCUCACACAAUAAGUGCCGCGAUAGCAAGAACACUGUCCAAUCCUUGCCUGUUUAACGGAUGUUCCUUGUCAUACAGUAUUGCGAUAUCUGAUGUAGCAUUGUCAUCAUGGCACGCCUCUCUUGUUAAGGCUACAAUGUUACACGUAGUUUUGGCUUAUGCAUGUCAUACAGCUACUCAUCAUAGUAUACCCUUGCCCGUAUUUGUUUUUACAAUCUGACCAGUUUUCAAGCUGAUACAGAAACGUCUAUUAGUCUGAAAAUGUUGUAUGUUCACAGUGUAUAUUUCUGAUAUAUGAACAUCUAUCAAGCAUAGGAACGCUUUUAUUACUUAGUCUGUGAAUGAUGUAAGGCUUUUGAGUCAUCCAUCCUAAAGCAUGCUCAUUAGAUAGUCAGCCUUUUGGAUAGCAAGUUCAUGAGAGGCUCAUUAUUCAACGUUCUUUGUACAAGGGCUCAGCUCUGCUCUCUACAGUUGCAGUGUAUGGGUGAACAGAGAGAGCCAGUUCAUUAUUUAAACUUGUAUUCAAAUGUCAAGGAGACAACUUUACUAACGUAGCCUUAGGGGUGGACACAUGCACCCAUGGAAAGGAACACAAGACCCUGGAACUCAUAGACGUCAUUCCAUACAGAGGGCUGCAACUGAAAUAAACUGAAUAGGAGUUAUGUUUCACUAAAGAACAUGGGAGUAUCAUACAGUCACUUCCUGUGUAGUUUGAGGCUGAUCCAACUCAGAACACAAAAGCAGCAAUAGUACCAACAAGUUGAUUCUAAACCUCAUAGGGCUUCAAAGAUUCAAUAGAAUGUCCAACACUCUUGCCAUAGUGUUACAAAUGUUAUUCUGGAAAUUUCUGUUCUCCAGCAAUCAGCCUUUGCUGUGUCAGUGGUGCCAGUUUGGGGUGACAGAGGUGUUUCGGGGCCACAGGCGCCACCCAGUCAUUGUACAGAACAGUGUUGGGUCAGAUGAUUUAAAUUGGGUUUGGUGCACACACACUAAGAUGUUGACAGCUCUACAGAAAUAACGUGUGAAAGACUGAGAUAAAUAAUAUUUGUGUGCAUGCGAGCAAGAGAGAGAGAGUUGUGUAGUAUCAAUGGCAUGGUUGCUGAAUAUAGUCAUAUCACACUGUCUGAGUUUAGCCCUGUUAUCAUGCAUUCCAGAGUAACUAAAGGCACUCUACCAUCAAAUGCUGUUGCUGUUGCUUAACACUGUUUCUCUACUGUAGUGCUGUGUAGUGACCUAUGUUAUUAUUAUUUGCAUGGGUUGUGGCUGACACUUGAAAUGUGGUGUGAUAGGUUCAAACUUGUUUUACAUGUGGAUUAGCCUAGCCUGUUUAUCUAAUGGCCAACAGCAUGCAGCUCCGCAAUGCAAAAAUAGCUUGGUUGGUAAUUUUCUAUUACAGUAUUUAUCAAAGAUUAUGUUGCAUUGGUCUAGCACUACAUGUGAAUGAGCAAAAUUACUUUUGAUUUUCAUCUUGCUCCUCGCCGAUGGAACAGGUUGACCUAUAGAGAUUAAAUAAAAAGCAGUGAUUAUUUUCAUGUUGAUCGUUGUUGCAUGUUGGCGAAACCCUCCCCUGUUCAUGUACGUAGAUACCUAAAAUGUCUGAACUCCAGAAUGGUUACAUAUCCUGUUUAAAUCUCGUCAAACAGGAAGCAUUCUCUACUGUUAGUUUGAGAUUUGCUCUAGAUUGGUCUGGUAGUCUAUAGUUAAUUCAGAGUUACCAAUGUUGCUAGUAAAGGUAAAGUCACCUAUAUGUGUAAGGGAUACACUUGGUCCAGACCUGGCAACAUUGCACCCAGGAAGUAAAAUGCUUCACUGGAGGAAGUGGCAGGCAGCUAAGUGAACCAGGGGAGGCAAACAUUUCUCUACUCUACAGUGGAGGAAAAGGAGGAAGCAUUCCACAGAUUAAGGAGCUGUGAAAAUGCAGUUGAGAUCAUACUUUACCUUUGAGACAACUUUGCUGCAUGGCAUAGGGUCAGACAGGACAUAUAGAUGCUCUACUUAGCAGCACAGCUGUAUGAAUAACUGGGUUAUUUGUAUCUGCCAGAACUAGGAUGGGCUCAGGCUCCCCCUGCUGGAGGGGAUGUCUCUGGGUCGGCUCCUGCGGCGUGCCUCCUCCAAGGCCUCCGACCUCCUGACCUAUAACCCCGGGUCGGGGGCCUCGCGCAGCGGCCUGGACGGAGAGAUCAUCUUCUCCAAGAACAAUGUGUGUGUGCAUCCCGCUGACCCCCUACCAGGCCUGGCUGAGCACCACCCAGGCUACUUGUGUGUUCAUAUGGAGAAGGACGAGAGCAUGGGCACCACUCUGAUUCUCACCUGGGUGCCCAAUUCCCGCAUCCAGAGACAGGACGAGGAGGCCCUGCGCUACAUCACCCCCGAGAGCUCGCCCGUCCGCAGGAACGCCCACCGACGCCUGCGCAGGCCCCACUCUCGACCCCCACCUGCCCAAGAGGAGGAGGAUGAGGAUACGAGGACCACUGGUUCCCAGAGCUGCGAGAACCAGACCCUGGCCGGGGAGGCUGGAUCGGAGCCUGGCCCUCCCCAGCAGCUGCAGCCCCAACCUGGGGAGGAGGGAGACGAGGGCUCCUGUGAGCUCUCAGCGGACGAGGUGAGCCGUGACAGCAACAUGGGCUCAGACUCUGACACGUUCUCCUCGCCCUUCUGCCUGUCGCCAGUCAGCGAGGCCCUCUGCGAGAGCAGUAGCUCUGUCUUUCUGGAUAACGAGAACAGGGAGCUCGGUGAUGAGUCUACGACGCACUCUGCCAGCUCUGCCUCCAGCCUGGACGGCCAUGCCCCCUCUGAGAGCGGCCAAUCACAGGGUGUGCGGUGGGAGGAGCAGCAGAAGGUGCUGGCAUUGGAGCAGCUGUGCGGGGUGUUUAGGGUGGACCUGGGCCACAUGAGGUCACUACGCCUCUUCUUCAGUGACGAGGCGUGCACCAGUGGUCAGCUGGUGAUUGCUAGCAGAGAAAGCCAGUAUAAGAUCCUCCACUUUCACCACGCUGGGCUAGACAAGCUUGCGGAGGUCUUCCAGCAGUGGAAAUGCUGCAGAGAGACCCAGCUCAAAGACCAGGUGGCAGAUGAAAAGUCGUGCAUGCAGUUCUCCAUCCGGAGGCUCACCCUGCCCUCGGCAGAGACCCACCCUGAAGAGAGGCUGUACCGCAGGCUUGAGGUCACCACCUGGCUCCGGCACCUCAACCACAGCGGGCAGGUGGAGGAGGAGUACAAGCUGCGCAAGGCUAUCUUCUUUGGGGGAAUCGACCCAUCCAUCCGAGGGGAGGUGUGGCCCUUCCUACUCCAGUACUACAGCUGUGACUCCACCUCCCAGGAGAGGGAGGCCUGGAGACUGCAGAAACGCUCCAACUACCAUGACAUCCAGCAGAGGAGGUUGUCUAUGAGCCCAGAGGAGCACAGUGACUUCUGGAGGAAGGUCCAGUUCACAGUGGACAAAGACGUAGUGAGGACCGAUCGUAGCAACCUCUUCUUCAGGGGAGAGAACAACCCCAAUGUGGAAAGCAUGAGGCGUAUCCUGCUGAACUACGCGGUGCUGAACCCAGACAUGGGCUACUGUCAGGGCAUGUCCGACCUGGUGGCCCCCCUGCUGACGGAGGUCCAGGAUGAGAGCGACACCUUCUGGUGUUUCGUGGGCCUGAUGGAGAACACCAUCUUCAUCAGUUCACCCCGUGAUGAGGACAUGGAGAGGCAGCUGAUGUACCUGAGGGAGCUCCUGCGUGUGAUGCUGCCCAGGUUCCACCAGCACCUGACCAGGUUGGGGGAGGACGGCCUGCAGCUGCUCUUCUGCCACCGCUGGAUCCUGCUCUGCUUCAAACGAGAGUUCCCCGACACCGAGGCCCUGCACAUGUGGGAGGCCUGCUGGGCUCACUACCAGACAGACUACUUCCACCUGUUCCUCUGCGUGGCCAUCAUUGUGCUGUACGGGGAGGACGUGACUGAACAGCAGCUAGCCACAGACCAAAUGCUGCUGCAUUUCAGCAACCUGUCCAUGCACAUGAAUGGGGACCUGGUGCUGCGCAAGGCUCGCAGUCUGCUUUACCAGUUCCGUCUUCUACCCAGAAUCCCUUGCAGCCUCCAUGACCUGUGUAAGCUGUGCGGUCCAGGGAUGUGGGACAGUCGCUACGUUCCUUCCGUGGAAUGUUCUGGUGAGCAUCCAGACUCCCAGAGCUGCCCCUAUGGAGGCACCUCUACCCCCCAGCCCUCCCUGUCCCCCACUCCCUUUCCCUCACCCAACCCCACCCCCACCCUGCCCCUUGAAGGUAAGAGGGGCUCCAAGACCCGAGACAUCUUCACCUUCCGCAAGCAAUCUUGAGGGUCUCAGAGUCGACCAGCGCUAUAAUGUGAUGAGCCCAUCUGGAGUUGCAAUAAUGCUGUUCCACAACUAGGAUUCCUGACAUAUCAGCUCUCCCCUCACCCUCCUCUAAUUGCAACCUCCAAGCUAGUAAGGAACUGUCACUUCUGUUUGCUGUGACAUUGAACACUGCCUUUCUAUGAAUGUAUCACUAACAUUCAGUACCACCGUCUCAAAUGGCACUACGGUCCAUGAAGAAGUGUUGUAAACUUUGCUGUUGGAGGAGAAUGGACAAUCUAGCGUUUGUCUCUCACAGUUUCAGAGUUCACUUUUAAGUCUGAAUGGUUGUGGCGUAGUGGUGUCACUGGUCAGGCCUGGUUAAAGGACUCAAAACAGACUGAGUUAUAAAGUCUGAGAUGCAUUGGUCCAACUUGAACUUGACUGGAAUUGGACUUUAAACUGUUCAAUGGAAUGUUUUGAGUGAAUUGUCCCAAUGUAUGUGUGUAUCUCGAAACUCAGAGCAAGGCUUUAGUUGCUCUGAGUUGUUACCCCCCUCCCCAUUCUUAACUCGUUCUUCAUCUCAUUAUUGGCUUUUCGUUUUUCUUUCAGGGUCCAUGUUUACCCUUGAGUGAGAGUUUAUUGGAGUUUGAGUUUGCUAUCAAAAUAUUUAGCAAUAUUACACAUUUGCAGUAUAUCCUUGCAUGAGCAAUAUUUGUAUACUGUAGGAGGCACAACUUGUUUGUGCCACACAAACACAAAAAGCCCAAAAUAGAGGGAAGAAGCUGUUUACACAACAAGGGUUUUGCCCCAGAACAGGGCUCUAAACAUUUCCUUGUCAGAUUUAUUUACGGGACUUGCUCAUGCGUUCUCAUUGUCUAUAACUGUCAACUGUUCUGCAUAACAAUGCUGUCAGCUCAUUUUACAGUGAUAAAAAAGGGUAUGGCUAAAUGGGUCGCUGAUCCAAGCAAUAGCAACUAAAUAAUGAGUGGAGAGGAUGUUUUUCCACGCGGGAUAACAUAACAGUUAUGGAUGUUACACCAUUGCCAACCAAAGAGAAUGGACAGGUAGAGAGCCUGAAGAACAGAAAAUCUGUAUUUGUUUUUGCUUGCAGACGUCUUAGUUUUCGUCUUUGUUUAAAUCUGGGGGGUGGUAAAAAUAGGGUUAUUGUUUAUAAUCUCCACCAAACCUAUCCUCUCUCAGGUGAAGGGAAAUGUCAGAGCACUAUGAUUGUAUCAAUAUUGUUUUACCCAUCCCAACUGUUGAUUUCACUUUGCACAGAGUGUAUUAACUGUAGCAACCAUUUAACAUCUGGUUGAGUUGAAGUGCAAUCCAAGUAGCCCUCACGCCACCCAGACCCAUCUCUUUAUUCUUACCACCUAUCAUCCAGAGAGGGAGAGAGGGACAACUAGAGAGAGAGGGAGGGGGGAAGAGGUAUAGAGAGAGGUUGACAAUGAGGCUUUCUUUUUUGGUAAUUUACAGGCUUGAGCUGAGCUGGGGACAGGCUGUGAUCUGCAUGCUGCAUCUUGUGUAUUAUGUAGUCACAGUUAAAGAUGGCACCGCUUUGCGACGACCCCUGGGAGAGACUGAAUGGGUGGGGAAGAAAAGGGGCACAUUUUAUUGGCGCACCACUGGUGGAAAUUUGUCUUCAAAUUGAUGCUAAAUGGGAACAUUAGGAUCUCAAAGCUGCCCCUCGUUCUCACCGUCAACAUACAGUGUCUGUGGAAAUAGCAUAAACUAUCUUCUAUACCCAUAAGUCAUUCAGUGUAGCUGCUUGCUGGAUGUGAUAGCAAGGCUUAGAUGAUUUGACGUUCUUUGGGAGGCAUAGUUGUGUAGAGACUAAUGGAGAGCGUUUGUGUAAGAAGGCAUGCUGAUGAUGUACACCCAAGUCCUUCAUUGGUUUGUUUACAUUGAUGGCUUCUAUUUUGGUGAAUAUUACCUCACAUGCUGGUGUUCAAAUGGUGGUUGCUCAUGUCAAGUCCCUGCUCACUGUGCUGUUAGUGUACAUAGAGGAUUUUCUGGACACUUUAUUUCUACUAUGACACUUAAUGUUAAUUAGCUGGAAAUGCACUUUCACAACAAUGAUCCUUCUUCGUCUAAGAGAGGCUCCAACUGUGUCUAACAUGUAACUGUAAGGUUUGUGGUUCUGACACGAUGAGACUGACUGGUCUUGAGGGGGAAGCCAGGGAACUAGACCUCUCUGAGCAGGCAGCUGAAGUGUCUGUCAGAGACGCCUGCUGCCGAUGCUGGGAGCUAACAGCAGGUGCUGUUCCUCGAGUUCAACCCUAAACGCUCCUCAGUCUAAUCUCCUCGUUGCUGUUUGCUGUGGGUUCCUAGCACUGUUUGAGGACGCAUGCACAUGCUGGUGAUUUAACCAACUGUCAGGGUCAGCUGUAGAGAUGGCAUCAGACACAUCAUCAGGUGGCUAUAGUUUUCAAGAGCUAAAGAAACACUUGGUUGCCAGGUUGGCUCAAUAUUCUCUUUAUUUGUGUAUGCGUCAGUUCAGGUGCUAUUGUUGAGGGAUUUUAUUGUAGCCAUUUCAGUAAUGAAUAACAAUAAGUUGAAAAUUAGCUAUAUCAGUCCAUUGAAAAUUAAGUAAUUGGUCUGAAAGUGAUGUUGAUUGUUUUGAGAACAAUGAUGUACUAAUUUAACAACCACAGGGGCCAAGUCUGAUGGACAUAACUCUGUCCUGGCCAUCUGGACCCUGCCUCUUUGACUCUGAUAAUGUGUGUGUGUGUGUGCCUGUGUGCUUGUGCAUGAGCAUGACUGUAAUUACAGGCCAUUAGCCACAGAUUGAUAGCCCCUCUCUGAGUUAAUGCAUUUCAAGAGUAGAAAACAAGAUAAAAGAAAAAUGACAAUAAAUACAUAAAUGAAUAAAAUGCCACUUCCCAUUACUCCCUUCUAGGCCAUGUGUGUCCACUGAGACUCUGCCGCUUAUUGCAGUAACGCAGUUAGAAACAGUCAGAAACAUAGUUGUGAAAGGGCAUCUGAAGUGUAGUUAUUUGCAGAAUGGGGAGUAAGCAGACCAAUAUAAUAUUGUCAUAUAUUCACUUGUAGCAAAGAUCUUCACCUGAUGUAUAAACACGUACACUGCUCACUGUGAGCUACUUUGCCUAAAUGCACAGAGACACAGGACAAAGUGAUGUGUGUGUGUGAGAAGGAAAGAGAGGUUUGGAAAGCAGUUAGCAGCUCUAUAAUUGAUAAGAUCUGAGGUGUAACUGUGAGGGCUCUAUCUCCAACGUGGGUGGAAGCCCCAACCAACCGCUGUUCAGACAGCAUACAAUCAAUACCUUCACACUCAAACAAAACACUCGGGUAAACGUGGGUAAAUGUGUCUGUGUGCAUCAGUUGUCAGCUUCACACAAUCCUAUAUCAGGUUGAAAAAGAUAUCCUUAGAUUAAACCCUAACAGACAAAGUUCCAUAAAUACAAAAAAAUUGUAUGAAUUUUUAUUAAUGUUUGUUUAAUUUGUUUAAUUCUGAUCUGUGAAGUGCCUGGUUGUGCCUAGUGUAGUUGAGUAACAACCAAUUUCUCCUUCCCUGCAACCCCCCCCCCCCCCCUUGCCCCUCCUUUCCUUUUGUCCUCCCCCUUUCUCUUUUCUUCUCUGUGAGUGACAGUGUGGGGCCUAGGCCCUCCCUUGUCCUGUGACUGCUGGGUUAUAGACCCUUAAUUAUCAAUUAUGGGGCCAGACUUCCACACCUGGAG